AAAUAUUGUGGAGGCACUGAAUUAAAAUAAAUCCGUAUUACGAAAUGAAUGCCUUUAUUUCGUUAUAUGUAUUUAUUCGAAUUCAGUGCAUCUACAGUGUUUUGUAUGUCCUAAGGGAAAUAAUGAUCUUGUUAUACAAAAAUAUUAGAAAAGGUCUAAAGUAAAAAUUACAGUUUUUGUUUACUUUCUUUAAAUUAUUACGAAUCGGCCGGCACGAUCAGUGAUUUUAGGACAUCUGAAAUCAUGGAUCUUGAUCCUUCGGUUGUCUGUCGAUUAUGCCUUCAGUUUUUUUCGUCUGCAUCAAUGGUAAUGUUGAAUCGAAACGAAGGUUUAAUACAGGCAAUUCAACAUAUCACAAGUGUUGAGGCCAUACUAGAUCCGGACAAUAAUGUUUAUAUGUGCAAAAAUUGUCAAACACUUCUUGAUCAAUGCAUACAAUUUCGAACCACCUGUCUUUGCAACGAUAUAAUUUUCCGAAGAAUGCACAUAAAAAAGAAUCGUGACAUCAGUAAGUCGCCAGAAACAUUUCCAAAGGUCGAAGUUGUAAAGAUAGAAAACGAGUUUGACCCAAUGAUAAAUAACAUAAAAAAUGAACUCGAUGAAGACAAUGAUUUUAAGCCAGAAGCAGAAGUCGAAGCUUAUUCGUCCGAGGAUGUGAAGCUCAAGGACGAAGUAAUCGCGAAGUCUCGGAGAAAGAGGAGUCGGAGAUCUAAACUGAAUCAACUGACAGAUAAUCGAUCCAAACCAAAGGCAGUAUCGCACAAGGUGCAGUGUCAAAUAUGUGGUAAAAUGAUUGCGAAUACAAAUCUCGGUGCCCAUCAGCAAACUCACAACCCUAACAGGCCAAAGCUGGUGUGUCCUCAUUGUCCCAUGCAGUACACAGAUACCAAAAGGUUGAAGUUGCAUAUAAAUAACAAACACACGCAUGAAGUUCAAUACUCUUGUGAUCGUUGUGGCAAAACUUUUGCUUCGCCUGACUCUUUAAGAGUACAUUAUGUAGCUCUACAUACUGACAUUAAAAAGUAUGAAUGCACACUUUGUGGAGAAAAGUUUUCGCGUUCUACGUCACGCAGACAUCAUUAUAAGAUGGUUCACACAACAAUUCGUCCAUAUGAGUGUGAAUACUGUGAAAGAACGUUCAAAUUUAAUAUUUGCAGGUGCGAUCUAACACUUCAUACGCGAACUCACACAGGAGAAAAACCGUUCGAGUGUGACAUUUGCCACAAAACUUUCAAUAAAAGCUACAAUGUUGUGAUCCACAAAAAGUCGCAUCAGAACGAGCUGGAAAGAGCAGCUGAGAAAGCGAUGAAAGUUGUGCAAAAUGUAUGUUAGUAAUAGUUUUUAUCAUGUUAUUUGACAAUUACACGAAUCUGGAUAUUCGUUA